AUGGCCACGCAAGACCAUGAGCCGAGCACCAGUGCGGACACUAUCCGCGGACUGCGGCAUCUCGACAUGAGCCUCAUGUCCGAGUCUACCACGGCACACGACGAGCAUGAAGAUGCGUCCCCAAACCACCCGGGCACCUCGAUAUACCACCCUCCGUCGCCAUUCAGCGCGUUCCAGUCCGAGCCAGGCAGCCCCUCAGGGGACUCUGUCUCGUCCUUCCCCUCGGUGUCCUCCUCCUUCCUCUUCUCGUCUGGGCCUGCAUCACACCCACCGUCAGAACCAGACAGUGACCUGGGUGACUCUACGAGCGGGCUCGUCAUCCCCUCGUUGAUGUUACCCUCCCCGUCCAAACGACCGACGGCCUACGGACAGACGCUCGGCGAGCUGCGCUUGCUACUACUCGGCCCGAAAGGCGUGGACUUGAGCGCAAUCGCCUCAAGGCUUGUGGACGAUAGCGAGGACGUUGUGGAAGUGGGCAUUUGGGAAGAAGAUCGGCCCGAAGGCGGAAAUACGCGAGGGAAGCGGAAGGCGAGCUUGCGCGUAUCUACUCAUUGGGUAGAACAUCGCGACGCGCACGGACUUGAGCGCGUCGAGCCUGCGCGAAAUGUGGAGAUUUUGGAGCUGCCGCCUUACGAUCCUUACUCCGAGACGGACACUGUUGUGCAGCAUGUUCUUCCGAUCAUCCACUCCCCGUUCUAUCAGGUUAUGAACAUACUCAACCGCGAGCAUCCACCAAGCGGCACCCUCGCCCAUAUCCUGUCCUCCUCAUCCUCCCCGCUGCACACCGCACUCAUACUGGUCGCGUGCCCAACGCCCACCCCCGCGGAGAAAGCCCUCAUCGAGGCACUCAGCCCACACAUACCCAUCGUCCUGCUCCCUCUCGCAUCCGCGAACCACGACUCCCCGCCCAACGUCUCGUACAAGGUCACCUCCCCGCACUUAUCCAGCUUCCGCCCGCGUUCUAUCGACGCGCUGCGGAUAGGACUCUUCCGCACCCCAUCGACACUUGCCAUGCUCCGCGCAGAGGCAGCGUCGCGCUUCCUGCGCUGGCGCGAGGUCGAGCGUGCGGUCGAACGCGUGCAGUGGGGCGUCCAUGCCUCGACCUCGCAGACCACCACGAUGAAGACCCCCGUGCCCGCACAUGCACAGCCCGAGGAGAAGCGGGGCUGGUGGGACAAGCAGGAAUGGGAGGCGCAGUGGGAGGGCGAGCUCUCGCAGGAGGUCGCGCUGCACCUCCGGCGGCGGCGCGCGGGGACCGUCAGGCGCAUCACCCCGCUCUCCACUCUCCCGCCCACCGGGCAGACGUCGUACUUCCGCGCUCGCGAUGCUCCGCCUGCUGCACUGGAAACCCCCGUGCCGCGGGAUACGAGUGAAGAGGGCGGCCUGCUCUCCCCACCAUGCCCCUCGGCCGCGUUCGACCCGCUCCACAUCCCAUCGCUCGUCGUCUUUUCGGUCUCGCUCCUUGGUGCGCUGCGUACGCGCGUAGCCCGUUCGUUCGGGUUGUAUAACGGGAAGCCUGCCGCUGGCGCCGCUGCUCCCGAGGAAAUUACACAGCGGAGGGGAGGGCGUUCUUUUGGGUAUCAGUUCGGCGUUGGAUUCGCUCUCAUGAGCGCGUUCUGCGCCGGGGUGGGCAUCGGGCUGCUGGCAGCCCGUUUCUAGGUCCUCAUUUGCACCACGUAUGCCGGAUUGGUUCCCGUGCUGGAUGCUUGGAAAUUGGUGUGUAUCAUGUUGCCAGUAUAAUGUAAUACUGAUACCCUGGAUCCGCGUACUCUCUCCAUAUACUUGUACGUCGUCCUGCGCUGCUUGUGUGUACUAGCUCUGCCGUGUUGUUGCUGUAUCUACGCACACCUUACGAAAUGUCA